UUCAAUCUUCAGUCCCGGUCUAGAAUCGAGUAGUUACGCUUGGACUUCAGCGUCGGAGCAACUGGUCCAGUGCUGUCGUAAGGUCGCGACCACACAAAGCCAUAAGGAAUGUAAUCUCUAUGCGAGGCCUCAAAUUUCUACCUCUGUGCCGCGCGCAAGUGAGAAUAUUUAUCGAGAUUUACAGCCCUAAUAAUCCUGCUCAUCCAUUCACUUUACGAUAAGGACCCUCCAAAACAGCUCUACAUUAAAGAAAUACAGUUCAAUGAAAACCCACAAGACACAGUUUUUGCCGCGAUACAACUUGUUCUAUUAUAUAGAGAACGUAAGACUCGACUGAGUGUAGAGGCAACUUCUAGUCAGAAGGUGCCGCAGACUGAGCGAGGGUACCUGUAAUCGAUGGGUUGAGAACGCGAAAGUGUGUUCUUUUUUUCAAAACCAAGGUGCGUAGCUUACCGAUGAGCCAUGCUGAAGGUGGUAGGCGCCUCGUGGCUGCAGACUCGCAUUUCCACCUACCUACUCGUCACCGUUGCCGUCCUCGGCAUCGGAGCCAUCAUUUUUGGCGAGUUUGGACAUGUUGAAUACGAUGGAACGUACUCGGCAACCGCCUUCUGGAAACGUAACGUACACCAAAUUGACUUCUGGGGACAAGGAAACGAUUUGACAACUAUACCUUUGGGUGCUGCACGUGCUUAUUACAAAACGGGAAUUUCGGAGACAGGAUGGUCCAUCAUAGAGAUAGAAACCUCGCCAGAUUAUCCGGACGAGGUUCAAGCAUACGCCGCUGGACUCUUGGAAGGAAGUUUGACCUGGCAGUUGAUUCACCACCAGUGGCACAACACGGUCAGGGCAGCUUGUGCUCCAAGAGCGGCGCUUUGUAAAAAAAUGCGCAAAUAUUUGCGUGAGAACACCGAGAAGGCUCUCGAAAAUGCCCAACUUUUACAAAAAGAAGAUCCGUAUUGGCACAUGGUAAAUUUGUUUUACCACCAACUGAAAGGUUUGGAGGCCGGCUGGAGAUUUGCGGUCCGUCGCAGUCGACAAUCAGUAGACAUAGAAUCGGAUGAUUUUCUCUGGUUGGCUAUGGCUUCCGAUUUGCCUGACCUUGAAAGAGCUAAUAACGGAUCGAAAAAUCUAGCAGGGUCUCAUGGUAUGAUUUUCCUCAAAGCAUUGCAUCGUGAACAUUUUGAGCCUCUUAUCGCAAUGGCGCACAACACCGGGGCACCUUACAACAGAAUGCUGAGACUACUCAAAAGGUACAAUUUUGGUUAUCACGUUUCACCAAAGAAAAAUGCCAACUUGGUUCCGGGUCGUACAAUCGUCAUGUCAUCAUAUCCUGGAGUUUUAUCAUCACAAGACGAGAGUUACGAAAUAAGUGAAAACAACAGAGAGAUGAUAGUAGCAGGAACGCCUUUAACAAUCAACAAUCGCAGCUUAUGGAAUCGUCUCAGUUCAAAAGAACAUGUUAUGUCGCCAGCAACCAUCAUGGCAGCAAAUCGACUCUCCACUAAUGGCGGUGACUGGUCUAACAUCAUGGCUCAUAAGAAUAGUGGGACUGCUAAUCGUCAGUGGGUGACUUUGGAGCCUCGAACCAAUAGCGUGAGGUUAUUUGAACAAAUCCCAGGAGUUACGGAGUCGGUUGACUAUUCUAAACAGUUCUUGGAAAAGGGAUUCCUGGUUUGCACAGGCGUGCCAAUUUUGCAGGGUAUAAAGGACUCAGCUAAUUUUGAACUCGAGGAUGCCAUCACGAGGAGUGUUCAGGCGGAAAAGCUUCAGGAAAACAUCAAAACAGUCGAAGGCGUGAGGAGGUUAAUGCGGGGAUGCAGGCACAAGGAUGAGUCCACCACGCAUGAAAAGGAAAAUUCAAAUUUGCAUUCAAAUUUAGACCAGCAACAGACCUUCGCCUAUAGGGGUGACCUUGAAAAGUCGCCUCGACCUGUCGGGGUCAUUGAUACGAAAAUCUUCUUAUCUGACUUUGAAGGAUUUGAGACGAUCGAGGCAACAUCUGGACCCGCUUGUUCAAAAACAGCCGGGUCCUUUGAUUGGUCGAAUUCAUUCCCAAAUAUAUCACACAUUGGACAACCUGCUAUCUUCAAAUUUGACAGCGUUACCCCUGUGUGGGUUUGGGUUUAAGCUGAAAAGAAUUUUCACUUCUUGAAAUCUCACUAGUUACAAAUUUUAGUUAAAAAUUCCACCACUUUAAUGAGCAACAGCUUUUUUAAUUAGAGAAAUUAAAAAAAAAUUUAUUAGUCAAAUUUUAUCACCCGUAUCUAUUUUCUUACCUCAAACUUCAAUAGCUUUUAUCUUGAUAAAUAGUUUCUUUAAUAACGAUCCAACGUCUUUGCAGUCUUACUUCAAUUUUCGGACUCUCGAAAAUCUGAAUUUCAAAACUGAUGAUCGCUUAUUGUUGAAAAGAUUCAAGUAUACAAGUUUGAGGUGAGAGUUCGCAAUUACAAGAAAGAGUUAAUUUAAUAGGGCAUUAAAUAAAUAUGAAUUUAUCAUCUGUAGUCGUUUCUCUUUUAAUAAAUUUUGAAACAACUGAGGGGUUUAAAAAUAUCUCUGUUAUGAGAGAUUUCUUUUGAGAUCUCUUUUUAAGAAUAGAAUUUUCUUAUGUUGUCUCGGACCUAUGGAUCAAUUUUAAUUGCACAAUUCCAGUUUUAUGGAAUGUUUUUGUGAUUAUUGUCAGUUCAGGUUUUGAAAGGUUUUUUUAUGUAACCUUGAAAUUCGUUUUUAGAUCUGAAUAUUUAAAUCUGACGUAGCUGGCUCAUAUGUUAGCCACCUGUGGUGUAUUUUAUCAAAAAUAAAAAUUGUC